AUGCUAGAUGCGAGAGACGACAUUACAGUCGAGCCCGACAAUGCGGCGGUUGGUCUCAGCAAUCGCGAGUUUGCUGAAAGGAGGAGGCGGAUGCUGGACCUUAUAAACAAACUCCAUAAUACCGGCGCACAACUCGACAUCGAUCUCCCUGUCAUCGCCGUUAUUGGGUCUCAAAGCGCCGGAAAAUCUUCCCUCAUAGAGGCCAUCUCUGGAAUAAGCCUGCCUCGGGCCAGUGGGACGUGUACUCGCUGCCCUACGGAGUGUCGACUUUCGUACUCGACAGAGCCUUGGGAAUGUGUUGUGAUGCUCCGGUUCAUCACCGACGCCGAUGGCGCGACACUGGGUCAACCAAGGAACGUUCCCUUCGGCGAUCCCAUAACGGAUAAGGUACAAGUCACCGAGCGUAUCAGACGUGCGCAGCGCGCCAUCCUCAACCCUAACGCGAACCCUCUGAGCUACCUCACGGGUCCCGAUGAGGACGUCGGAGAUCGUCAAAUCGCGUUUUCGCACAACUGUAUCUCGCUCCAAAUAAGUGGCAAGGACGUGGCCGACCUAUCGUUUGUUGAUCUGCCAGGACUGAUCGCCAGCGUUUCGCGUGGAGGACAAGAGGAGGAUAUCGCCUUGAUCCAGAAUCUUGCAACUUCUUACAUCGAACGGUCGCGAUGCAUCAUCCUUCUGACAGUGGCCUGUGAAACCGACUUCGAGAACCAAGGUGCUCAUCUUCUCGCCGAUCGCUAUGAUCCCAAAGGCACUCGAACAAUCGGCGUUCUCACCAAGCCCGACCGUAUCGAAUCUGGCGACGAGGACAAAUGGCUCAAGUAUAUCCGCGCAGAAGACGGCGAGGCCAUCGACUGGUAUUCUGUCAAGAAUCCAAACCCACAGGCAGUCGUCGAUGGCAUCACCUGGGAGGAAGCUCGUCAGAGCGAGAAACAGUUCUUCAUGGCUAAGGCGCCUUGGUCCAACUUGGACGGUGUCCACCAAAAGCGAUUGGGCACGGAACGUCUCACGCAGCGUUUGAGCGACACACUCUCCAACCUCAUUGCCGAAAGACUUCCUCAAAUUCAAGAAGAGCUCGAGAAGCUAUUGUCAAAAACCGAACGCGAUAUCGAGCGUCUCCCCAAACCUCCGUCAGACCAACCACUAUCCGAAAUUCUGCGUCUGGUGGGCAGCUUUGUGCGCGACAUCGAGAAACAUGCGGAGGGAACACCGGCUAGUACAGGCCUUCUGCAGCAGCUACGACCGUUUCAAGAACAAUUUAAACGCUCCAUUCGAAGCACGGCACCCAUGUUUUGUCCCUUCGAGCGUCAGAACGUUGACGCGAAUAGUAUGCCGGCCCCUUCUUUCCUUAAGAACGAAGAUGAUGCGGAGUCGCUGGUGUUAAGCAGUUCGAAAGAGAUAUACAUUGAUGAGGUUAUGGAACAUGCUCGCACCGCGGUGACCAGGGAGCUUCCAAACCACGUCCCUUUCGUCGUUCAGAAGAAGUUCAUUGGGGCCAUCAUCGCUCAGUGGGCGACCCCUUCCCGCACUCUGUUUGAUGCCACUACAAGGACGCUCAAUGUACAUGUUAUGCGCAUCGUCGAAGAUCACUUCGGAGCAUAUGCUUACGGAGGUCUGAAGCAGAGCAUUGCGAACGUCGUUUCCCAGCACAUUCGUGACCGCGCCAACGAGACUUUACGCAACAUCGACUUCCUCUUGAAGGUCGAAGGGACACCAUACACACGCAACACGCACUACCUCGACGAUUAUCGCGACAAGUUCUUGAACUAUUACAAAGGCAUCCGACAGUCAACUGAGAAUAAUAACCUUAUCUCGAAACUUUCCGCGGGCGUGCUUCCCGAUUCAGAGCCCGAUGGGCAAUUCGAGGGGGGAUUGGUGAAGGUUCUGUCUGGUUUGAGCGAUAUGGGUAUUCAUGGCGUACAACCUCUCGCUCUCGCGAGGAUCCUUCCUCCUGCGCUCAUGGAAGACGCGAUCGCCAUCAUGGCGGACGUGAGGGCUUACUUCCAAGUCGCAUACAAACGCUUUGUCGACAACGUUCCUAUGGCCAUUGACGAAGCCCUUGUCCGAGGCAUCACGAACAACCUCGAGACCGUUUUAUUCAACGGCCUGCGGGUGAAUGGACCAAACGGAUACGCGAACAGCAAGCGUCUCUUGCAGGAGCCGGACGAUACUUCUGAACGUAGGAGCGAAUACCAGAAGAGGAGGGAGAGGCUGCAGCUCGCGAGGCAGGAACUGUUGGAGGUGUUUUCUUGA